AUGGCCGACGAAACAAAAAAGAUCCCUUACAUUUUGAAUGGAGGUAUAUUUAAAAUCAAAAAGCGGAAGGGCGACCGUGUAAUCGUGGAAUGCGUUUGUUGUCCAUCACAGCACCGGCUUCGCGGCAAUCUGGCCAAUGGCGCAGGCAAUUUCCACCAGCACAUCAAACGACGUCAUCCAUUUUUGAUAGACAACGUAACGAAAAUGAAAAAGGACAAGAAAGAGAAAGUCGCGGCAGCGAAGAUUGCCAAACGUAGACGCAAGUUAAGUUUCGAUGAUGAUAAGUCGCAGGAGUCUGAUAAAGCUUCCAUAACAGAAUUGGAAGAUGGGCUCCGCUUGAUGCAAGAGGGCAACGAAAAAAACCUACUUCGUCAAGGGAUCCAAAUUUUGCUUCAACAAAUAAGAAAAAACUUUUUGUUACAGCAAAUUGUUUCGUAA